CAGCGCCCCCUCUGGUCGCUCAGAGUGACACAAGUUCAGCUUCCGCUGUUUGCUGCUCGUCGGUGUUUGGGCUUGUUCUCAUCUAUGCUCCAGCUGAGGCCAGUGGAGGAGGAUGAAGCAGCCGCUGAGAGUCUGGUGCUGAACCGAGCUGUGGCUAAAAAUGACCAUUUCCUGCUGGCCGAGCUACUGUCACAAGAACGCUACAGGAAGUGCAUUAAUCAGCAGAGCGGCUGGGGGAUCCCAGGUACACCGUUACGCAUGGCUGCGUCUAAAGGUCACCUGAGGUGUCUGCAGUUGCUCUUGUCCCAUGGGGCGGAUGUAGACCGGCUUGAUGUUAAAGCCCAGACCCCUCUUUUCACCGCUGUGUGCGGGCGUUACUUGAGCUGUGUGAUUGCACUUCUCCGUGCCGGAGCUAAUCCGAAUGGAAGCCACCUGAACAACAGCUCGCCUGUGCUCACCGCUGCCCGAGAGGGCGACCCCAAGAUCCUCUGCCAGCUGCUUCAGCACGGGGCAGAGGUCAACGCCAGGUCAAAGGUGACACUGUGGGCCUCAGGGUUUGCUGUGUGCAGCGGCCCACUUUACCUGUCAGCCAUAUAUGGACACCUGGAUUGCUUCAAAAUGUUGCUGUUAUAUGGGGCAGAUCCGAACUAUAACAGCCCAGAAGAUAAUGUGAACGGCAGAGCCACGCAGCAGAAGACGGUCCUGGAGUUGUGUUUGAGACACGGCUGUGCAGUCGAAUACAUUCAGCUGCUCAUUGACUUUGGGGCAAACGUCUACUUGCCGACCCUCAUUAUAGAGAAGAGCACCAAACAGAACGAAGCUGUUGAGCUGUUGCUGAAAGAGCGAGGGUGCCCGAAGACUCUGGCAUCUCAGUGUAGAUUGGCCAUUCGUAAACACCUGAUUCAGGUGAACAAGAUUCAGUCUUUGGACUCUCUGGAGAUUCCACCCAGGCUCAUCGAUUAUCUCAAACACAAUCCACACAAGAGUGCACUGGUUUACUGACAAAACCGAUCACACUCCACUGUGUCUUUACUUAAGGACAGACUCAUUCACUCACAUAUUGACUGUACAGGUAGACAAUACACACAUCUAGAGAGAAGGAAACAGACAGAAGAUCUGAACUAAUGACCUGGAAUCACUCGUAUGCAAACUCAUAGAUGGACCGAUAUACUGUUACUAACAACCCUGGUUUACAUAUAUAAAGUGUAUUAAACUUGAACAUCCAUGUAAAUUAAUUAGCUUUAAUAUCUUUCAAAUUUGACUGUCUAAUAUUCCCAGAAGUGUUGCUGCAAAUGCUCUAGAACUAUGCAUUGUCAUACAGCCUGUUCUGCUUUUGCAAGAUCAUCUGGAGGUUUCUCAUUCUAAAUUGAACAAUUUGUUUUUUUAUUGAUUUUUUUUGUUUGUUUAUCAGAAACGGCUUGUUGAAGGAUGUAAACAUGUUGGUAAAUGACUUAUUGAUCUUAAUAUGAUGUGUAAAAUCCAGUGUGAUGUACUUGUGUCUAUGAAUCCCUCGUUUAGAGCAGAUGGACUCUUCCAAAAGAUGUUGUGUAACCUCCAUUGUGCAGAUAACAUGUAUUGGAUAUCAUUUUGUUCCUGUGAGGUUAAAGACAUCAUCAGUUGCAGAGCAAUUCUUCGAUAGGAAUUAUAGCAGAGGUAUUGAUGUAUCUUGCCUGAGGAUUACGAAGUAAUCAGUCUAUGCUUAACUGGAUACACAGAAUAUGUGCAGGUGUAUAUUGAAAACACAAUUCUGCUAUGAAUAACAUCUGGCUUGUAGUUUUGUUCAUAAAAUUGAACCGCUGAACACCAUAA